GAAAUGAUAAAAUACAUAAAAAUGAAAUUAUUAUAAUAAGAUGAAAACACUUUUUAGUGUCAACAAGUUUGAGAGUCUUUAAAUAGAAAAUCCUUCGUAGUCCAACGGUAGAGCGAUGUUAAAGACGCUGCUUCAUGUUUAGUCUCUAUGGAAACAGUGCUGUGGCUCAUUUCACUUUCAUUUAUUGUUACAUUUAACAUUUAUAAUCAUGAUUCCAUCUGUCCUCAGUGACCGUCAGGAAUUAUUACAUAAUUAAAGGGUGACGUCAUGGUGAUGUCACAGUGAUGUCACGGCGAUCUCCCCUGACCUCUCUCUCCCCUCCCCCCCCUCUCUCAGGCCUAUGGCUGGGCGUUGGAGGGUAUGCGUCACCUAGCUGGUGUCAGUAUGGAGGACUGCACGCUGCCGGACAAAUGCCAGUCUGUGAUUGGCUGCCUGGAGGAGUACCGCUGCCAGCACCCGCUGAUCCCAGACGACCGUUUCCAGGAGAUGAAGGCGGCGGCUGGCGAGCUGCGAGGCGAGCGAGGCCUCCGUCAGUGGAGCUUCGCCUGGUUCAAGUGUCAGGAGACCAAGAAGAUGUUUGACAGGAAGAUGGAGGCGGCGCUCAGGACGCGGGACUCCGCCCUCAGCAGAUGCUCCGCCUCCUCCAGGAGAACGCUGUCGGGACUCUGGGGGCUCCACGAGACCACCUCCUUGUCCUCCUCCACCUGCCCCCCUGAUGAGGACGACGACAACAUCUCCUCACCUCCUCGUAACAGCUCCUCCUUGCUCCCCUCCUCCACCUCCUCCCCCCUCCUCACCUCCUCCCCUGUCACCCCCCAGCACACCCCGCUCCUCCAGCGUCUGUUCCAUGGCGUCUCCUCACAGGAGUCAGCAGACCAGGUGGAUAUCUGCUCCUCCAGUCCCAGCCUCUCCUCCUCCUUCUUCUCCUCCGGCAGACGGCAGCAACUCAGGAAGACCCAGAGCUUCGACUGCCCCCCCUCCACCCCCGAGGUGUCUCGGUUUGGCGGUUCGUGUCCUCGCGCCCUCAGCGAGCCGGUCGGCAGAGGAAACACGGGCGUGUUCAUCCGCGGCCUGGAGGUCAGCAGCUCCGAGGCCGCCGACCGCACACUCUGCCCCAGGACGGCUGCUCACGGCUGGGCAGGACAGGGUCUACGCAGCCCCGGGACCACCAGGACCACUGUCAGCCGGGCAACAGAGAACAGGCCCAGAGGGAGUAAGCUGCGUCACGUGGUGGAGGAGAUGGUGACCACGGAGAGGGAGUACGUGCGCUCUCUGCGUUACAUCAUCCAUCACUACUUCCCUGAGAUGGACCGGGCCGACCUCCCUCAGGACCUCAGGGGGAAACGCUCCGUGGUCUUCGGGAACCUGGAAAAGCUCCUCGACUUCCACAGUCAGUUCUUCUUGAGGGAGCUGGAGGCCUGCUGGAGACACCCACUGAGGGUCCCCCACUGCUUCAUCAGACAUAAGGAUCAGUUCUGUCUCUACGCUCUGUACAGUAAGAACAAACCAAAGUCUGAUGCUCUGCUGGCCAACCACGGGAACUCCUUCUUCAGGGUGAGACAGGUGGAGCUGGGUGAUAAGAUGGACCUGUCGUCCUACCUGUUGAAGCCGGUGCAGAGGAUGAGUAAAUACGCUCUGCUGCUCACUGACCUCAUCAAGGAGGUGGGCGGGGCUCAGGAGGCGGAGCUUGAUGCCCUUCAGUCCGCCACCAACAUGGUGAAGUUCCAGCUUCGCCACGGCAACGACCUGCUGGCAAUGGACGCCAUCCGAGACUGUGAUGUGAACCUGAAGGAACAGGGUCAGCUGAUCCGUCAGGAUGAGUUCACUGUCUGGACCGGCAGGAGGAAAUGUCAGCGUCACAUCUUCCUGUUCGAGGAGCUCGUUCUCUUCAGUAAACCCAAGAAGAUGGAGGGAGGCCUGGACGUCUUCAUCUACAAACACUCCUUCAAGACUGCCGAUGUGGGUCUGACGGAGUCCGCAGGAGAAAACGGGCUGCGGUUUGAGAUCUGGUUCAGAAGGAGGACGUCCAAAAACCAGACCUUCAUUCUUCAGGCCGCCACGUCGGAGGUGAAACACGCCUGGACCACCGGAGUAGCCCGGAUCCUCUGGACCCAGGCCACCAGAAACAAAGAGAUACGGCUGAAGGAAAUGGUGUCGAUGGGAGUCGGUAACAAACCGUUUCUGGACAUCCGGCCAAGUGACGCAGCCAUCAGUGACCGAGCCGUUCACUACAUCAUGAAGAGCAGAGGAGCCAGAACGCGGGCGUCCAUUGCCGUCUCUGUCUUCGAUCACUCUAACCCGUUUAAUGGAGGAGCGGUGAGCUCUGACCCCUCAACAUCAGGACCUUCUUCAUCCAGCCUGCUGGGACCUCUAAACCUACACAUGUACAGGUAG